CGCACGGCACUGCCCGCCCCCCGUCUGCCUUCUACCAAUCAACAGGCCGUGCUGCGGCAACGUUUGCGCAGGAAGACACGCCCCCAGAGGAAGGCCGCUGUUUCCGGUGUCGGCGUGUGAGUGAGGAGGACAGCAGCGGGAGCAGGGCGGGCGGAGCCGUGGUGGCAUCAGUACUGAUAGCGGCAGAGGUCACUUCAUUUAGUAAUGGAAAAGCAUUAUCUCCUGUUGUGCCUUGGCCUCUGUGUCCUUGGUAAACCUACUGAGAAGAAAGAUCGUGUUCACCAUGACCCUCAACUCAGCAACAAGAUGCACGAUGAUGCCCAGAGCUUUGACUAUGACCAUGAUGCCUUUCUGGGAGCAGAGGAUGCCAAAACAUUUGACCAGCUGACACCGGAAGAGAGCAAGGAGAGGCUGGGAAUCAUUGUAAGUAAAAUAGACUUGGAUAAGGAUGGGUUUGUGACGGAGGGGGAGCUGACUGCAUGGAUCAAGAAAGCCCAAAGGAGAUAUGUGUACGACAACGUGGAACGUCAGUGGCAGGAGUUUGACAUGAACCAGGAUGGACUCAUAUCAUGGGAAGAGUACAGAAAUGUCACCUAUGGCACUUACCUGGAUGAUCCAGAUCCUGAUAGCAGUUUUAAUUACAAACAGAUGAUGGUUCGAGAUGAGCGGCGCUUUAAAAUGGCUGAUACUGAUGGUGAUCUCAUUGCCACAAAAGAGGAGUUCACUGCAUUCCUGCACCCUGAGGAGUAUGAUUACAUGAAGGACAUUGUUGUGCUGGAAACAAUGGAAGAUAUUGAUAAAAAUGGCGAUGGAGUGAUUGAUUUGGAAGAGUACAUAGGUGAUAUGUACAGCCACGAUGGUGAUGCUGAUGAGCCAGAGUGGGUGAAGACAGAGAGAGAACAGUUUGUUGAGUUUAGAGAUAAGAACCAUGAUGGUAAAAUGGACAAAGAGGAAACAAAAGAUUGGAUUCUUCCCUCUGACUAUGACCAUGCUGAAGCUGAGGCUCGCCAUCUUGUUUAUGAAUCAGACCAAGACAAGGAUAGUAAAUUGACCCGAGAAGAGAUAGUGGAUAAAUACGACUUAUUCGUGGGCAGCCAGGCUACAGACUUCGGGGAAGCACUGGUCAGACAUGAUGAAUUUUGAAGAGAAGAGAGUGUGACUCAGCCUUCACUUCGGUGGCCAGGAGAUUCCCCUGCCCUAUGGCAGGACUUCAGCGGGUGGAGCAAGAAUAUAACUCAGAACAAAAGUAAUUUAUUGUAAAUGGAUUUUUUGACACAAGAGAGGACGAACAUGCAGACAUUGCUCUGAGUACCCUCCGGAGGCCAUGUGAACAUUACUCUCUAAUUCUGUAAUGGCAACAAUGCUAUUUUCCAGUUGUAUUUCUGUUUUUUUUUGUUUGUUUUUUUAUUAUUAAUAAUCCCGGGUUAAAUAUGCAGUGUUUAAAACCUAUAAUUGUUCACUUUGCUGGUUAUUGUUACCCCAUGUUAUAAUGAACACCUCACUAUAUGGAAAUCAGUGUGUCGUGAAUCCCAUGCUGCCUAGUUGGCAUACCAGUCUUCAGUUUUGGAGAUGACACAAAAUAUUUUUAAAAGACCAGAUGGAUGAUGGCUUGUCUUGGUGUACAAGAGCAGUAUUGCUCUGCAAAGUUUGAGUAAGAAAUUUGCCAGUCUCAGCCCAAAGCAACCGUGGGGCCUUAUUAAUGAAUUAAUGUUCAUUGUACACUGCUUGUAUUGUACUGGUUAUGGUUUUCUGUGAAUUUUUAAUGGCCUCUUAGAGGUGUUUGCUGCCUUAUCACUUUUUUAACAUUUUGUAUGUUACUUACUGAUCUAUUGACAUAUCUACAGUUUACAAUCCCAGAAGUGGCGCAGUAUUAGUCCCCUGGUUCAUUUCAUAAUCUGUUCUCAUUUUAAGCUCUGCAGAGUUCUGGUUUUGCUGUAGCUCCUGCAGUGAGACGGUUAAUGGUGAUUAACUCCACCAAUCUAGCACAAUAAUGCAGGGAAUAUUAGUUUUUUGUUUAUUUUACUUUUUAUGUAAGUCGUUUUAAACCAGAUCCUAGUUAACCCCCUUAUGCCAGUGUUAUGCACGAGGGAGAGUAAAUCUCUCAUGUCAGUACUUUAUUUUUUAUUUUUUUUUAAAUAUGUAUUCACUGAAUAAAUACACUAGAAAGGAUGGAUAGGAGAUAAACAUAUUAAUGUUUUUGGCUAUAAAAUUGAAAUGGCCCUAAUAUAAACCACAUUUUGUGAAGGCACUAUCAAUGCUCUUUACUACACACUACAGAUGUUGUGGGGUUUAGGGUUCAUUCACUUAUACAAAUUUACCCAUAAUGCAUUUAUCAUUAGGAAAAGAUCUGCAAAGUGGUUGAAAAUAGAGCAUUUCUAUUGAUCAUCAAUGCCUUUGGUUUUGUCCUACUUAUUUUCUUGUGAAUGAACGGUAUAGUUCAUUGUGCUGGUAAAGCUGCUUACUUUACCAAGUAUUUUAAAUCGGGAAUAGAAGACAGCCAUUGGUCAUUAUUAUAUAUUUAUAAUCAUGCAGUUUGAAUGCUCAUCCCAAUUGCUCUAGUCUCAAUCCCUAUGGUAAUAGUUCCUUGGGUGCUAAAACACCUCUGAUUAACACAGCUCUUCACAUGAUUUGCAAUUAAAAUAAUUUCAUGUAA